UCGCAACUUCGGUGAAAGCUGAGGCAGCUGCGCCAGCUCGGUCAACCACACAAACACACAACCACACACUCCUUGAUUUGCGUUCUACCUUACAGCAUAUCCACAGCCGACAAACCACGGAUCGUUGCCAGCGACUAAGACGCCACUCGAAGCUCACUUUUCCAUUUUCCCUGUUCCCUUGCUGCCAGCACAAUGUCACAAUACUACGGCGGCGCACCACCGAACCAAGGCUACACCCCGACAGGUGCGCAGAACCUCCAGUUCUACCCGUCCAACUACGCGCAGCCGGUAUCCGGCCAUGCGACGCCAUCACAAGCCUCCUACGGCUACGCCCCCGGCCCUUCAUCAGGCGCCUACGGCGACUCAAGCAGUUUCAAUGCCGGCUUUAGUGCCGGACCAGACGUGUCGGGGCGCAUGGGCGAGCAGGGCGGUCUACGAACGGGCUGGCUAGCGGCCUUCUCAACAGAAGGCUACCCGGGCGAGCCACCGCUGCUCGAAGAGUUGGGGGUAAACGUCGGGCACAUCCAAGCGAAGACUCUCGCAGUGCUCAACCCCUUCAGCCGCGUCGAUCAACACCUAAUGGACGACAGCGACCUCGCCGGCCCGCUCCUCUUCUUCCUCCUCUACGGCACCUUCCUCCUCCUGUCCGGGCGCGUGCACUUCGGGUAUAUCUACGGACUGGCCGUCUUCGGGUCCAUCCUGCUCCACACAAUCCUCUCGCUCAUGGCGCCCUCUCUUACUCCAGAUCCCGUCGCCGGAGCGGGAGGAGGUCCCGGUCCCGCUGCAGCGACCUACCCCGACGUGACCGCGAUGGGCAGCAGCGGCGUCGACGUCUCGUCCAGCAGUUUGACCUUUACGCGCUCGGCGUCUGUGCUAGGGUACUGCCUUCUGCCGCUGGUGACGACCAGCAUGGUGGGGAUUUUCAUGCCGAUGGACACACCCGUGGGGAUCGUGCUGACGACGGCGGCCAUCAUGUGGUGCACGUGGAGCGCGAGCGGCAUCUUCUGCGCCGUGGGCGGCAUGAAGGGGAUGAGAGGCCUGGUGGCAUACCCGUUGAUGCUUUUCUAUGUCGGAUUUGGGAUCAUGGGCGUGUUCAGCAGUCGCGGGAGCGGGUCCCUCGCUAAGCUCGCGGAGUUAUGAUAUGCUGAUUGGAUCUCGGGGCGCUGGAGCGGUACUCUAAAUUGGGCGGUUAGGAGCUGAGAAGGAUAGAUGUGUUGUUUGGCUGUUGGUGUACAGUAUCAUAUCCUGACAGUAUCGAGCUGAAGAGAUAUCGUAAUGAUAAAAAGACACACCACACCAAUUUGCCUCCCAUUCGAAGUAGAAGACGGGAACUAGAGGGCCAGGCAAGGGAAAAAGAACUCCGUGUAAACAAGAGUAAUUG